AUGACUCCAUUACUGAACCUUCAUCUUUCUAAGCCUCCUGUUGUUAGCCAGGUGUCAUAUGUGAACAGCUUGGAAAAUCUCUUGAAGGAGAAAGAAGAAUCUAAAAGAGUAGAUGAACUAGAAAAACAGUUACAGGAAGACAUACAAGGAAGGGAAGCCGAUUGUUCAGAUGGAGAUGAUGAGAAUGCUGGUGGAGAUGAAGACCUCUCAGAAGAGCACAGGGCAUUUCUAAAGAGAUUUUCAGUAAUAUGUCAUGCCAUACCUGACUACCACCCUGGAGAAGAUGUAUUUGAGUUAUCGACCUCUGGGAAAAUCUUCAAUCAACAUAACCUUGACCUGAGGAAUUUUCACUUCAUCCCUCAAAAUCCUAUAGAAAAGCUCCUUCUUAGCUCUGGUGUAACACAACAGCUUUCUUUAGUUAUUAAUGGUUUUCUAAGUUCUGCUUACAAUUGUGUAUUGUGUCCUGUACCAGUUCUAAAGUGGCUUUUCCAGGUGAUGUCUGUUCAUCCUGACUAUUGUGUUUCAACCCAGAUUUUAGACAGAUUGAUGGACAUAACACUAAAAAAUGCUUCCAUCAGUGAUGAACAGUCUAAACCCUGGAUUCCUUCACUAGCUGAUGUGUCAACUGUUGUUGUCAAUAUGGGUGUUGCAUUUAGGUCUCUCUUUCCAUUGCAGCAUCUGCAGCCCAGCUUUAACGAGUGUGAUAUUUUAAGUCAGAUGCAAGAAACAGUGAGUAAGCAACAGCCAAGAGAAGACCUUACCCCUGCUGGUCCAGCGUUCUCUAGUGUACCAGAAAACAAUUUAAUUAAUGUGGUUAAGUUUCUAGGCUUCUGUACAACAGUAAUUCAAGGUGGAUAUACUGAUCAAGAAAUACUGCUGCUGCUUCUAUUGCUGUUUAAAAUAAGCUUGGAGAAACAGUUAAAGCAGAUUCCUUUGAUAGAUUUUCAGUGCCUUUUCAUAAAACUUCUGAUAAAUAUAAAAGACUGGGAUACAAAGAUGCCUGAGCUUUGCCUGGCAGUGAGUGAACUCUCCAGUCAUCACCAUAAUCUCCUGUGGCUGGUUCAGCUGGUGCCCAGCUGGAUAAUACGUGGACGGGAAGUAAGAAGACGCCUUAGCCUAGUGAUAAUUUCGAAGCUUCUUAAGAAGCAUGUAGAAAUACCUGAUGACAGUGAUAAACAGAUGUCUCUUCUGCUUGAGUUUCUGGUGUACAUGAAACCUUCUAAUUUAGUAAGGAAGAUGAGUCAAGGACUGAAGCAGCAAAAUGCUGAUGAAGACCACCUUGAUAUAGAGCUGGAACAGAAGGCAUAUUACCUGAUCUACAUCCUUCUCCAUCUAGUCAGUGAAGCUAGUUUCUUCGAUACUGUAAAUUCUAAUCAAAGGCAACACUUACUGAAGCUUUGUGGUGCCUUAGAUAAGCACAUAAAAUGUGAUAUUAGGGAAGAUGCUAGGCUGUUCUAUCGAACUAAGGUAAAGGAUGUAGUUGCUAGGAUAUAUGGCAAAUGGCAAGAUAUGAUACAAACCACUCGGCCUACUCAGGGAAAACUGCAUGACUUCUGGGAACCGGAUUCAUGA